AUGUUCCGCGAUAGUGGACACUACUCGGCGGAGGGGAUCAUGGCCGUUCCUGAAAAGUGUACCGUUCUCGUUAUUGGCGGUGGCCCGGCUGGCUCAUACGCAGCGUCAGCUCUGGCACGAGAAGGUGUUGACACCGUCCUCUUGGAAGCAGACAAGUUUCCACGGUAUCAUAUCGGAGAGAGCAUGCUGGCGUCUAUGCGCCACUUCCUCAGAUUUAUUGACGUAGACUCAGUCUUUGACAGUUACGGAUUCACAAAAAAGGUUGGCGCAGCUUUCAAGCUCAACCCAAAGAAGCGUGAAGGAUAUACCGAUUUCCUUGCCGCCGGCGGUCCUCAGAACUACGCUUGGAACGUGGUUCGCUCAGAGGCAGACCAUCUGCUCUUCCAGCAUGCCGCCAGCAGUGGCGCAAAGACCUUUGAUGGCGUUCAAGUCAAGUCAAUCAACUUCAUUGGUGAGCCCUGCGAGGGCUUUGGGGAACUGCCAUACGACUACCCUGGACGGCCUUAUUCAGCAACUUAUUUAAUGAAGGACGACAAAACGUCACGCGAGAUCAAAUUCGACUAUAUUAUAGACGCCAGUGGGCGUGUAGGACUUCUCAGUACGAAAUACCUCAAAAACAGAAAGUACAACCAGGGUUUGAAAAAUGUCGCUACUUGGGGAUACUGGAAGGGAGCAGCGGCGUAUGGAGUGGGAACGCCGAGACAAAAUUCCCCCUUCUUUGAAGCUCUCCAAGGUUCGUACCAACAUGUCGACUCACUUCUGUAUGUCACCCAAGUCACUAACGCCGGAUACCUAGACGAGAGCGGCUGGGCGUGGCUCAUUCCCCUACACAACGGAACUACGUCUGUUGGAAUCGUCAUGAACCAGAAGAUGUCCGCCAAUCGCAAAUCCCAAGCCGGCUCUCCUGACUCAAAAACAUUCUACUUAGGGAACCUUAAACAGCUCGCGCCAGAGUUGUCCAAAUUGCUCGAAAACGCCGAACUACUCACAGAUAUCAAGUCCGCAUCUGACUACUCGUAUAGCGCCACGGCCUAUGCCAUACCUUAUGCACGCAUUGCAGGUGAUGCCGGUUGCUUCAUCGACCCAUAUUUUUCUUCUGGCGUCCAUCUCGCAUUUGUUGGUGGCUUAUCUGCAGCUACGACCAUUUCUGCGGCGAUCAAGGGACAGGUCUCUGAAGUAGAGGCUGCCGACUGGCACUCGAAGAAGGUUGCCGACAGCUACAUUCGCUUCCUCCUUGUUGUGUUGAGUGCUUACAGGCAGAUUCGAAGCCAGGAGGAAGCUGUUCUGAGUGAUUUUGAUGAAGAUAACUAUGAUCGGGCCUUCGCUUUCUUCCGGCCAAUUAUUCAGGGUAUAGCAGACGUCGACACUAAGCUGUCCAAGGAGGAGCUCAAAAAAACUCUAGAGUUUUGCAGCAACGCCUUCGAGCCCGUGAAGCCAGAAGACCGCUCGAGCAUGUUGGAGCAACUGGGCAAGUGUCCCAACACAGCUUACCAGGUCGAUCUCUCUCCUGACCAACGGACUGUCGUUGAUCACAUCCGUGCCAGGCAAAUGAUGAGGACGGAGGAUACGAUGAACAUUAGCAGCUUCGGGACGGACUCGAUCAAUGGCUUUGUUCCUAAGCUGAAGACGGGGGACCUUGGUCUUGUGGCCAAGGCCUGA